AGGGAGUUAUCCAGGUGUCGGUGGAGCCGCACCGGCACGAGGGCGUCUUCAUUUACCGCGGGGCCGAGGACGCGCUGGUCACGCUGAAUAUGGUGCCCGGGCUCUCCGUGUACGGCGAGAGGCGCGUCACGGUGACCGAGGGCGGCGUGAAGCAGGAGUACCGCACGUGGAACCCGUUCAGGUCCAAGCUGGCUGCGGCCAUCCUGGGCGGGGUCGACCAGAUCCACAUUAAGCCCAAGUCCAAGGUGCUGUACCUAGGCGCCGCGUCGGGGACCACGGUCUCCCACGUCUCCGACAUCAUCGGCCCCGACGGCCUGGUGUACGCAGUCGAGUUUUCCCACCGCGCCGGCCGCGAUCUGGUCAACGUGGCCAAGAAGCGAACCAACAUCAUCCCGGUCCUGGAAGAUGCCCGGCACCCGCUCAAGUACCGCAUGCUCAUCGGGAUGGUGGACGUGAUCUUCGCCGACGUGGCCCAGCCAGACCAGUCCCGGAUCGUAGCUCUGAACGCCCACACCUUCCUGCGCAACGGGGGCCACUUUCUCAUCUCCAUCAAGGCCAACUGCAUCGACUCUACCGCGUCCGCGGAGGCUGUGUUUGCUUCUGAGGUGAAGAAGUUGCAGCAGGAGAAUCUGAAGCCUCAAGAGCAGCUAACCCUGGAGCCCUAUGAGAGAGACCACGCCGUGGUCGUGGGUGUUUAUCGGCCCCUUCCCAAGAGCAGCAGCAAAUAGCUCUCAGUUGAGGCUCUCCUUGGGGAUCCCCCAAGACUGUGUCUUUGGUGUUGUGUAGUGUUUAUGUACGUGUCUCUGUGAUAUUUUGUUUUGUUGUUUUUCUAUUAAAUGUCAUAAAG